UACUCUAGGUACCUCGUAUGCUCGGCCUGUAUUCAUUGAACGGCGUAGUGGCGUAGUGGAGCGGCAUCGUUUUCCGAGGUGUCGCGAAUAGUUCCUUUAUACGGCGAGUUUCGCACGACCGUUUCUCCAACGCAAGUCGAUCCCCGACGAGCCUUUCGACGAUCUUUGCGCGCAUCUCGCCAUUCCCGAGGAGACAGCCAUCCGCUGUAGUACGGAGAGAAAAGACACGUAGUCAUGGGCGUGGAUGUUGAAAUCUUGAGUCCUGGAGACGGCCAGACCUACCCAAAGACCGGGCAAACAGUGGUCGUGCAUUAUACAGGUACCCUCGACAAUGGGAAGAAAUUUGAUUCCAGCAGGGACCGUGGUAUACCAUUUAAGUUCAAAAUUGGGAAGGGUGAAGUAAUUAAAGGCUGGGACCAAGGAGUUGCACAAAUGUGCGUGGGGCAGCGGGCCAAGCUAACUUGUUCUCCAGAUUUCGCUUAUGGAAGCCGGGGCCACCCUGGAAUUAUUCCACCAAAUGCUGUGCUCAUCUUCGAUGUGGAGCUGCUGAAGGUGGAGCCUUGAAAUACCUCUUAUAGUGUACCAAACUUGACCAAACGCAUUUCAAUACAAGAAAAAGGAAAAAAAAAGAAACGCAUCAAAUUAUGUUAAGUAGUCGUCGCACGAAUGGCACAUCCUACUCUAAUGCCUUAAUUCAAUCGCUCGUACAUUAAAAGUUAUAUUUGCUAUUUCCACGAAGUAUAUGAGGCAUUGAAAACGUCGUUUCUCAUAAUCAACCACGGAAACGACGUACAAUUUAUACAAUGUAUAAAUUGCAGAUCAAUAAUAUUCAAACAUUGUCGCAUAGUUGUUAGACUGUAAGGUCGUAUAUUAAUGUGUAAUACGAUUUACCUGCUCUCCAAGAGAUGCUACUUAACUUGUGUACUUGAUUUGAAACCGACUAACCGUGUUCCUAUUAUGAGCGGUUGAAUAAAGGGACCCACCAGAUAUUUACAAAAAAUAACCUGUGUUCAUUCCAUUUACUAUGUAUUUGGUAAUCCUUCAAGUAUUUUGUACAAAGUUUCAAUAAAGGAAAGAACAAUUGGUAAUGCUA